AGUUUUUAGAUCUAAUGGAAUUAUCUCAAAAAUGGUACGUUCAGUAGACCCUUAAUGCCUUGGUGAUCGUUUUUACGUAGUAUUUCAAAUCUGACGUCCGUGCACCGAGACGAAGCCAAGGACUGGGUUAAGGUUACAGGACACCCUUUGUGGCAUUUUGCGCAAAAUUUUACAGGACACCCUUUGUGGCAUUUUGCGCAAAAUCGCUACUGCGCGCUCAAUAUCAGUCCGAUUUUCAUCAAAUGUUCGCCAGUGCAUGCAAAAUAUGGUAAGUUGUAAAAUUGACAAACAAUAAAAUAAUGUAAGAAUUAUUCAGCCAAAACCUUUACGCUUUUGAGUUGUUUUCCUGCUGUUUUUAAGAUAUAUUUAUGAAAAUAUCAUUUUUAUACUGUAAUGAUAGUUGUUCUAACAAAUUGUGUUCGGAGAUUUUUGUUUACAUGUAUUUCGUCAUUCCGCUGAUAUGGCGAUUUCUUUGACGACUGCAAUAUAUUUCUGAAUUGUUUGAGUGAAUUGCUCCUUAUUAUUAAAAUAUCCAAAAUUAGAAAAAAGCCGAACGCAAUUUGUCUUGUGAAAAUUUGAGAAAAAUUAAUUCGUUAAAACCCGCAGGAGAGCAACUCGUUUGAAAAUCAGUAAUUGCCGUAACAUUCUUCGGGAGAAAAUUGAAUUUGAGUAUUACGUUUUCAAUGUUUUUCUUAUAUUGCAGCGAAUUGUAUUUUGUCAAAUAACUCCGCGAGUUUUCAACAUUUUUCGUUCAAAAAAUCAAACUUGGUCAGAUAGUAGAAGUAGUCCAGUGCUUUAAUUCAUGGAAACCAAUAAAAAAAAAUUAGGCAAAAUUAACACUCAAAGGUGUUCUGUAACCUUAAAAUGCGACGAUUUGAAAUACAGUCCAGUCCGAAUUGGAGGAUUUGAAAUGACAUCUCAUAGGAAUAAAUCAAUAAUUAAAGUGAGGUGAAUUAAUUUUGAUCCAGUCCAAGGAGAUCUGAAGUGACAUCUCGUAGGAAUAAAUCACUAAUUAAGGAGGCUCCCAUUUUGAUCAGUCCAAGGACUGAAUUAAUUUCGAUCCAGUCCUAGAACUGGAUCAAUAUACUUCACCAGUUAUCCAGUAUUAUCAUGUGAGCAAAAUAAAGUAGUAUGGCUGGCUAAAUUACUCAUGAAUUGUUAAUGAGUUUGAGAUAUUAAUGUACUUAUUUGUCGUGUAUAAUUAAGUGAACAUAAGAAUGAAAAUUUUAUUCUAAUCUUUCUGUAGGUAUAUAAUUGUUAAUUUUCUGCAUAGGUUUAGAAAAUGUUUUGAAAUUGACGAAACGUUUACGCUACCAAGCUUGCUGUGGGAUAUCUUGCCGAAAGCAAGUGCUAGUCAAAUACAUCCACAUAUUCAUAUGUUUGUGUCUAAAGAUUUUUAUUUUUGUAAGUAUGUUAUAACACAAUAUGGUAUAUAGAGUACUAUGUAAAGCGUAUAUGCUAUUGGUUAUUGUCCAUUGUGGGCCGUGUACUGUAUGUGGCCUAAGGGUUACAUCAGUGAUGUAGUGGGGGAGGGGCUCACAGGGUCCGAGCCUCUCUUGUUGAAAUUCCAUGUUGUUGUGUUUGAACUGAGCCCAAAAGUGACAAUCCAUUCCAAAAAAAUGGGGGGGGGGGGCGGGCGAGUCAACCAGUGAACGUAAUUUAUUAUAGAUUAUAUUACGAAUGUCCAAAAAGUGAGCAGGACGGGUCCCCCCCCCCGUCCUCCCAGGAUUGACGCCCUUUGCUGAGCCCCCUCCCUUCUACUUGAAUUCAGAUAUCAUAAAAAUAUCCUCGGAACUGUUGUGAUGAAAUUUCAGUAAUUUCCAAAGAUAAUGAUUUUAAUAAUCUCUACUUGAUCACUUUGAACCUUCCAUUAGAUAGUUUAUGUGCUUCUAUCAUGAACUAGCUUUACUACGUCGGAAUGAAGUUAAAUCCUUUCUUUAUUUAAAAAACGCUAAUUGAGGAAUUGUUAGAACGAAAAAUAAAUACUGGAAUUUUCCAUAUCAUAUUGUCCCCCCCUUCUCAAGUCUCUCUCUUGUAGGACUACACCAUUAAUUGGUUACGAUUUUGUUGUGUUGGAAUAUAGUUUAAAACAGUCAUUCCUUUACCAUAGCUGGUUGGGAGAAAAUAUUCAGAGCAGCAGACGAGUACCAAUUGACUGAAGGAAAAAAAUAUUUUAAUGAUCUUAUUAAGGUACACGGCUUUUUUUAACUCUCGUCAUUCCCCUUACCACGGAUUUUUACGUACUUUGUUACUUAACAGACCCUGAGCAUAAAAUCAGUUUGUGAUAAAAAUGCUCAUUUUUUACAUAAUAAUGUCUACAUUUUCACCCAAACUUGAUGUUUUUUUUUUGUCAGAUCCAUACAAUUCUUAAAUUGAACAUCACAUAUGGAGAUGCUGUAGCCUAUGUAUCACUUGUAAGUUUAACUGAAUUUUAACUGAAUUUUCCAACCAAUUUAUAUGCGCCCAGCUAACCGGAAAAUUCAUCUGUGAGAGAUCGGCAUGUCAUUGCUAAUACAUAUAAAAAUCAUUGUAUGUUUAUAUGAGAGACGAGCCAACCCGGAUAGGCGAAACUCACUUGAUGAGUUCUCAGUCUAGUGGGAUAAAAUUUUCCAUAUGAACGCUUAAUCCUACCCAACAGGGAUGGACAAUUAUGUGAUUUUGACCAACAGUUAAUAUUGAGUAGCCAAACACCUUAAAAGUCGUAUAAUUUUGAAAGCGCUAUGUUUUCCUAAUUUCAUUCCACCAUGCAAGCUAAAUGGGAUAUUAGAUGAGACAAAAACACUCAUAUGAAUACAGAAAUCAUUCAUCCCACUUAGUAGGUGAGCUUCCCGGUCUACUGGGCUCAUGUGAACGGGCCCCAAACCGGGAGUUCGACCCUGGUUUAAUAUACCAGCACUUUGAUCCUUGAGCUAUUGGGAUGCCCGAUGUCCAAUCCACGAUGAGUUUAUGUAGAGUGGCUCAGCCAGAGAUUUUUUCAUAGAUGUUAUAACUACAAUAUAUAACAGUAUAUUUAUGAUUUGCAUGACAAGAUUAUUGAAUUCCGAUUGGUCGAGAGGAGUACAACUUGGUUGUACUCCUUGGGCUUGGGAACGAAUUCAAACAAAAAUAUUCAAAAUGGCGGUUCAACUCUCAUAUCUUUCCAAAAGCAACUGGAAGCCUUGUCAGUGUGUAAUAUUUCAAAUCCGAGUAUGAGGACUUUAUCGCAUAUCCAGCUAGUCUGCGCAAUUACACUGAACUAUUGCAGGACUGGAUACCAGGUAAAGUCCGUAGUGAAGGAUUUGAUAUAAAAUCUCAAACGAAUAAACCAUUACUUAGAGUGAAGUGAAUACAUUUUGAUCCACUCCUGGGACUGAAUUAAUGUUCACCUAUAGGACUUUGAAUCAGUAUAUACUUCACCGUGCAGGUAUCUAGUGUCAUCAUGAUAGCAAAAUAAAGCGAUGUGGUUAGCGAAUUUCUUCAUAUUAACGAGUAUAACAUUUGGCUAUACUAUUUUAUAUUUAGACACCAAGUGUAUCAAAUGAGGUGGUUAUUCUAAGCAAGCGACCUGGAAAUGAUCUUUUCAAGUUAUUUUAUAGAAUAAUGAAAGGUACAAAUUGCACCUUUGUCAAGUUUAUCAAGUUUAUUUUAUCAAACUUUAUCAGUUUCCUGAUGUUUAAUCACUUUAAUGUUUAGCUGCAUUAAUAUGAUAUAUUUGACACUUAUUCUUAGCAUUCAUGAAGUUGAAGCUGUACGCCGUUACUGCGGGUGCUGUUUUUCCUCCACUGGUAUGUUGAAAGAAUAUCUUACAAUAUGGAACCAGCGAGUUUUCUUCACGCUUGCCUAUACUAUGUACUGUGCUUAUAUGAGUGCUCAAAAUUAUCUAUUCACAUUGCUAAUUCACAUGAGUUUUUGUAGCCCCUUGUUACUGCAGUUUUAUUGCUGCAAAGUUGUGAUUAUAGAUACGUACUCUUUCAAUCAGUGACGUACAAACUCGAUAAUUGGGGAUAUUCAUACAUUCGUGUUCUGCAUCAUUAAUUUCUUUUGAAAUCAAUUCUUUUUAAGGUCUGUGAACACGAAUAUAUGAUUCGAGUUUGCUACGCCACUGCUUUCAAUGCGCUUUUCAGGGUCGUUUACAAUUAAAAAAUUACACUUACAGCCACAUUGAAAGCAUUAGAAGAUAGUGUAUACACUACUAAUAUACAUCUAUCUGAAUAUAAUUUCUUCUAUGUCGCGUGUGACAACAGUGUUACCAGUUACAUUCUACAAAAUACCACAGGCGUUUUUCUGUAGUAGUACUCUCUGUGGGCAGAACGCGUUCUUGGCCAAACUUUAGACGCAUGCAUGCUUGGACAAGGUCGAGCCGUGUCUUUUCCAGUGAACUCCAUAUAUAUCUGUAGCGCGAACUCGAGUCCAAAAAGUGAAGCCGAAUUGAAGAGCUAUUGGACGUCAACCCAGUCCCUUUCUAUUGUUUUAAGCGCGGUUGGACUAUUUCUAGAUCAGUGGGUCGGACAUGAAGAAAAUAAAAACUAAUAUUAUUGAAUAUUAACUAAUAUUAUGAUUUUAUGAACUGAAAACUUGAUUAGCUUUAGUUUACGGUCCAUUGGAAGAAACUGGAAUUAGCUGGGAAUGUUAUAAAAAACUGUUUACGACCUUCAUAGCUUUGGACGUCAAUUUCCGCUAUCUUGGCUUCACUUUUCUAAUUGGCUGAAUGAUUGAAGUUUUUGCUCUAGUAUAUAUGGAGCUCACUGGUCUUUUCCCGCAGAGAGGACUGGAACUAGGAGAUUUUGCAUUCGUGAAAUGGGACUAUUGAGUGAGUAGUAUAUCCCUCUUCGUUUCAUAGGUUCAGGACCCCACUACUUCAAGGAAAGAAGUUCCGUGUAUAAUAAGGAUUGUUAAUCGUGGUGCAGUGGACAAGUAUGUGGACCGGUUAUUUGUGGAAUGCUGAAGUUCGUUGUAGCUAGCAGAACUACAGCUCGUUGCUACUUGCUACUUGCUAGUUAUUUUUAUCUUUUGCUUUUCAAUUUAGAAUGCGAGCAGAUAUUAGCUCGAUGGAAUUAUUUGGGGUACGUUACGUAAUGGCUAUUUGUAUUGAAUUUUCAAUAUGCACGAACCUAUAGCAAUAUGUGAAAUUGACCAAUUCACAUGCAAAUUAGUUAGAAACACUCCUGGUUGAGCAAGUAAUUAUUAGUAAAUUCCAACGGAAAUAGAUUCAACUGGAUAUUUUAAAGGCGAGUCCUGAUUUGGCGCUGUUCGUGGAGUGGAGCGCUAUCCUAGUCCCGGGUGGAAAGUCCCUGCGACGGAGGUUGUCCUAGUCCACGGCAGUAGAGAGUUUGGCAGAAAAUUACUUUCAUUUUUGUAUGUAUGUAAGCCAGAGAAUACAUUGCUAAACCAUAUUUGCCUCUUGAAAGUACUUAUCUUUCUUUACAAACAACCUUUGAGUAGCAUUAUCAAUGAAUUCACGUGAUAUGUCCCACACGACUUCGAACGAUUUAAACGUUGAUGUGGUCAUACGCCUAUUACAUUACAUUAUUAUUCAGCUCACUCCCCAUUGGGGCCUUUCAUUGACUCGCCUACCUCGCCUACCUACUAUUUAUCUUUACAACAAUUGCUAUAUUACUUUCCUAACUGUGUUUAUCCCGACCCACCCUGUCAACUUUCCCUGUGGGAGGAAACCGGAGCGUCCGGAAAGAUCCCACGACUUUUGGCAGAACGUUGACAGACUCUUUUCACAUGAGUCCGUAGCGAGAAUCGAACCCACGAUCUUAGAGGUGAAAGGCGCUUGCUCUGACGACUGGGCCACCGAAGCCCAUGAAAAUGAUAUAAAUAACAUAGCACAAGCAUCAUAUUCACCUGAGUACACUACACCAACACAGAAAAAAUCAUGAUUAUUAGAUUACAUUGAUAUCGAAGGAACUAGAUUCUGUUCCGAAAUAUCACAUACUCGAACCGACCAGACCGCGUAGCUCAGUUGGCGGAGCAUUGGGCUGGUAUUCCAAAGGUCGUAGGUUCGAUUCCCACCGUGGUCAGGCAUGUUUUUUCAGGCUUUCCCGGUGUGGAUAUACACUCAGAGUAACAUCACAAGCAUCAUAUUCACCUGAGUACACUACACCAACGCAGAAAAAAAAAAUAACAGCAGUUUGAACAACUUCGGCGUACUAGAAAGCUCGAGGGAAUACAUUUUAUAGUCACCUUUGUCUUAGGGUAAAAUUCUAUUGUUGGUGAUUACGUUUUCGUUGACCAUGCCGUUUUAUUUUCCAAACUCACUAUUGUGCAUAGUUACUGAGGGUGUUACUGAAGUGAUCUGGGAGGGGGAGCAGUUGCCCCCACCUCCUAGUGCCCGCCACUGAAUUCCAGGGGCAUCCAAAUAACAAGAAAUUCAUAACCACUGAACAGUGGCGAAGGUAGCCAUGGCAAAUGGUCAUGCUAUGCUAACGAACCCGCAUCUAAAUAGGUUAAAGACAACACAUUUCUAAAGGUUUGAAUAAUGCAAAUCAUCAAUAGCUUGACCUGUUGCAUUGCCACUGAUGUUGACAAGCCUUCGACCUUGAAGAAAAAUAGACAAUCAAGGUUGGAUAUCUCGAACUGCAAGUUAGGGGUUACUGGCAAUCUGACAAAAUUUCAUCAUGAGUGUUAAAUGUAAAGUUUUUCUUGUUCGAUAAUUGCUUCACCAAAUCCAAAAAAAAUGGAUUUGAUUAGGAGAUUGGCUCCCCCUUGGCCGAGGAAAGUUUCGGGGGUUGUGCAUCCCAAUUUCCAAUCCCUGUUAAUGAGCAGAAUGUCAGUUUUUAAACGAGAUGAUUGCCUGCUCAUCAAUCAUCAUAUUCUAUCAUUUGUGUAGAGUGCAAAUAUAAAUGUGGACUUUUGGCACUUCAGGAAUAAACUCCUUCAAAACUUUGAAAAAUAGAGAGGUAAUUUUGUUCGAAAAUGGCUGCCAAUUACAAACAUACUGAAUUGUAAUGAAAUUGUUUCUAUGAAUCAAAGUCUUUCCCUUUUACGAGCAAAACUCUGUGACUUUGCUAAGGGUUUUUUUUUACAUUGCAGAGAAAGGGAGUGAAGCAAGACUGUGAUGGUGUAGACACAUAAAGCCGGUUACCGAUGAUGAUGUUUUGCAUAUGACAAAUUUUACAAAACAACAACAACAACAAUAUAUCGCUGUCCUACCGCAUCCAAGUGCUCAAAUUAAUUUGUCAAAUUCUCUUUGUUGACCUACACACAGACUAGCAAAACUUGUAUUUUGCCAUUUUUUCUAUGACUUGUUCAAAAGCUACAAUCCCAUCCUGGUCAAAGCCAUUUUCCUGGUAAAACAUAUGGAAAACUCUGUGGAAUGUUUUUACUAUCAGACCGAAAUUUUGUCAAAUAAUUGGAAGUGUCGCAGAUGUUUUGUCCAGGGGCCGAUUGUAGUAAUGCUAGGUUUUGAACAAGUGCACUACUUGUCAUAGAAAAACUUGUGAAAGUUGAGAAUGCAAACGAGCAAAUAAAACUUGUCAUGUGAAAACAUGUCAUAGUUUUCUUGCUCGUCUGUAACUGGCUUAAUUUAAGAAGAGUUAUUUAAGAAACCAAGUCAUAGCCAUUAGCCAUUAUGGAAUGAAGAGAUCAGAAGAUGAGGGUUGGUAUACAUUAAUUGCAGAGAAUGUGAGAGAAGUAAGAAUGAGAUGGCAUGGACACGUAAUAGAAAGUCAUGAAAGAGCAAGGCAUAUUUUAACAAAUACUAAAUUUAACAUUUGGCCCCCCAGGCACUACUGUUGGCCCCUCACUCGUGCGAAAUUGACCCCCACUCCUUGGGCCCUUUUAAUACGUUUUGUGUGAAAUCAUGAAAUGUGAAUGUAGUAAGUUUUCGUCUGUAUUUUAUCAUAGUUAAUGAGAAUAUAUGAAGAAAUUCUUUAAGGAUUCGUCUGGAUAUUUGUAAACUUUAACUUUUAUACAGUGACUUUGAGUUAAAAUAUAUGUUGAAAGACAAGCACAUUGCGAUUAAAAGUGUUAAACAUUAACUUUUUAUAGUAUUCAGAAUUAUUUAAAAUGCCCCCCAAAAUGCACUAAAUAGCAAUUCUGGAGUCUCCAGAUUUCAGAAUUUUCUGGGGGAGGAUGCCCCCGGACCCCCGUACAAAACUAAUCAAACGUAAUCAGGGGAGAUAAAGGAGAGCUGGUCAGAGACAUGGACUGAAGAGAUCAAAGUGUGGGAAGUAAGAAUGAGAUGAUAUGGAUACGUGAUACUAAGAGAUGAAGGAAAGCUAGUCAGAGACAUGGAAUGAAGAGGAAUCAGAAGAUGUUGGGUGAUAGAUAUUGUAGAGAAAUGAGGGAAGUAAGAAUGAGAUAAAUGGACACAUAAUAUGAAGAGAUAAAGAGAGCUCGUCAGAUCGAGGCAUGGAAUGAAGGGUGAUUAGACGAUGCAUGGUGGUAGACAUUGCAGGAGAGUGAAGCUGGCCGCCGAUUAAUCAAACAAAAAACAAACUAUAAUAAAAUACUUAGAAUUUUAAUGCUUGCUUAGAAUUUUAAUGUUAGGUAUAUAUUCAAAAUUAUCAAAUAUACUAUAAAUUGGGUUCAAAUACUAAGUAAAAGUACUAUUUAAUAAAAUAAUAUUUCAGUGACGAAUAUUCUAGAAUAUUUUGCUUACAUGUAUAAACUACGAAAAGAACUAUCCAAGCAUUGAAGAGGGUGGGAAAGGGGGGAUAUGGAUCACGUUUCACAACGAAAAGCCGUUUCACGAUUCACAUGUCUUAAAAAAGCAUUUUCACGAAAAACUAGAUUCUAAUAAAAUAAUAUAAUAAUAAUAGGUUUAUUAAGAGAAUGUUUAAUGCAUGGUACAGUAUGUCUGUAUCUAUGCUUUAAGUUCUCACUUCUCUGCC